UCUCUUAAUAUUGUCCUUUUUGUGGUUUUUAAACUUGCGAUACGUGCAGUUGUGGUUGUAGCGCGUUCAUGUUGUUGGAAUACUGUUUUUGAGUACUGGGCACCAAUAAUAAAUUGUAUUCCGAAUCUCCAUUCUGGGGUCACCGGCAGCACCCUGCUGUCACCAAAUUGCUGGAAUAGAAAACAUCUGCUUCAAGUACGCUCCCAGAUUCCCCGUUUGCAUUUUGCUCGUUUGGAUAACAGAUGUAAGAGUCCUGUUUCAUAGGAGCCUGUUGGGAUACUGCUCCAGCAUCCAGGGGGUUGAGCUGUGUGAUCCCCAGAGGGCCCUUCCCACCCCCACGGCCCUGUAAUUCUGUGAAAUAAUAAGCAUUUUCAGUUCACGUGGCUUUGGGCAUUGGAGUUGUUUCUUGAACCUGCUGCUCGAGUGACUUCCCGUGCUUUUCCACAAUUCUCUUGAGAAAAAUGCAGUAAUUUAUAAGGAAAACGGACUGAACGUAUGCAAAGUGCAGCUCAGAGUGAGAAAUUCAGAGUCCUUUAUCUGUCUUUCUUUCUGCUUUCUGUCUGUGAUGGUGGUUUUAGAUGUAACUUUUAACAUGAUUAAUGCAGAUGUUUGAGGUAGCGGUGUGUACUGGCAGCGAGCUGCAGCUAUUUGCUUAUUCUCCAUAACAUGCAAAUGAGUGUGGUGAUGAGGUUUUCAAUAACAAGAGAAUACUUAAAGAGGAAAUUAAAAUAUUAAUGAAAAUGCCAAAAAGCCUGGAGUAAAAUACUUGUGUUGUUGUGUUGUUUGAAAAGGUGUUGAGAAAUUUCUGUCUUGUUUAAACUCAAAUUGCUGACCUGUUGAACAGAAACCAAGCGCUGAAAAAUUUUUGGAGUGGUGUUUCCAUGUAAUUCUGUUAAACUGAGUUUGAAUGGUGUUGUUUUGUUUGUUUGUUUUAUAAACUGGAAGAAUAAAAUGCACGCCAAGAAUAGUUGUAGCACAUAGACACUUUCACAUUGAACCCAGUGCUGCAGGCAGGAAGAGAAAGACCUGAAUGACGUGGCCAAAGCCAGAGGUCUGUAGGGUUGCUCCAGCAGAAGAGCUGCCCAGCAGUUGCUUGGUGAGCAAUGUGCCUGAGUGGGAGGCAGCUGCUGGGUCACCUGAACAAGAGGUGAGGCUUCCUUGUCCUCUCAGAGAGCUACUCUAACCUCAUCCUUCUGAGACAUUACAAAGGACUGUGUGUUCACCGUUACCGGGGUAGUUAGAACCACAAUGAGCUGGAUGGAACUGCAUCCAGCCAGCUGCUUCCUAGCUUGCGGAACUUCUCCGAGGGAGGAUCAGAACAGCCCCGAUUGGAAAGGAUCUCAGAAGUUCAGCAGGCCCAGCCUUCCUUGGAAAAGGGAGCCUAGUGAAAUAGAAGAUGAACUCAGCUGAAAUCACUGAUGACGAUGAAGUAAAAAUUCCUAAAAAAAAUAUUGUGAAAGUAGAAACAGAAAAUGAAGAUGAAGCUCUAGACUGCUCGGUAACAUCCAGAUCUUCUGAGAAACACUCAGUGGAUGGCGCAGUUACUUGCCUACAGGAUUCCAACAAACGGAAACAGACCUCACUUGGUUGUGAUGGUUCAGGGAGCCAGCAAGAUGUCUUACCCAGUGUGAAGAAAAGACGCUUUACACAAGAGGGCUCCAAUUCAAACAUGAAGAACAGAGACACUGGCUCACCCACUCAGGUAAAUGCAGAGCAGCCAAGCAAGAACAAGAAUCCUAAUAUAACGUGGCUCUGUGAGGAAGAACCCUUCAGCGACGUAACCACUUCAUCUUACAAGAAACCCCUGUAUGGCAUCUCACACAAAAUUACAGAGAAAAAGAAUGCACCGGGAGCAGAGCAGUUUGCCUCUUAUGACUUGUAUGAAAAAAUCAGCCCCAGCAGUCCCUCGCAUCUUCGGACUUUGAAUGACCAGCGCAAAAGGGACUCUGCUGCAGCCCUCGCUGCAGCGGCUGUUGCUGUCGAGUCUGACCCAAAUAUAUAUUCUUUGAUACAGAAAAUGUUCUUCACACUUAACACUCUCAGUUCCAAUAUGACCCAGCUUCACAAUAAGGUUGACCUUCUGUCUCUGGAGGUGAGCAGAAUCAAAAAGCAAGUCAGUCCAGUGGAGUGUGUGGCAGAUUUCAAGCCUCCCCCUGAGUACACGCUGACUUCUGCUGAGCUCAAACAGCUCAUGGAUCAAAGCACAUCAGGUGGAGACCUUGCCUGUCGCUUACUGGUACAACUCUUCCCAGAGCUCUUCAGCGACGACGAGUUCAACAGGAGCUGCAGUGCCUGUGGCUUUCCUAACAAGAGGAAGCUGGAGUCUCUCCAUCUGCAGCUUAUCCGUAGCUAUGUGGAAGUCUGUUAUCCUUCUGUGAAGAGUACAGCUGUGUGGCAGGUGGAGUGUUUGCCUCAACUGAAUGAUUUUUUCAAUAGAUUUUGGGCUCAAAGGGAAUUGGAAAACAACCCACAGAAUGUGCAGUCCUCCAGUUUUUACGAGACUGAACAGGUGGAUUCCUCUCAUUUUCUUGAGGAUAAAGAGCAAGAAGAAGCUUUGUCCUUGGACAGGAGUAAUGCCAUUGCCUCAGACUACAUUCUAGAUGCUCAGGAUCUCAAUGAAUUUUUAGAUGAAGCUUCUUCUCCGGGGGAAUUUUGUGUUUUUUUGUUACAUAGACUGUUCCCAGAACUCUUUGACCACAGAAAAUUAGCCGAAAGGUACAGCUGCUAUGGGGACUCUGGGAAGCAACUGCUUGAUCCUCAUCGGCUUCAGAUAAUCCGUAGGUACACUGAAAUUUACUUUCCAGAUGUACAAGAAGAGGAAGCUUGGUUGCAGCAAUGCGUUCAGCGAAUAAAUGAAGAACUUGAAAAUGUAUAUAUGGAUGGAAGUGAAUGUGAUCAGCUGAGAGAUGACUGUUACGACUCUUCCAGUUUACCGGAUGACGUAUCGAUCAUAAAAGUGGAAGACAGCUUUGAAUAUGAAAAACCAGGUAGACGCUCAAAAAAAAUAUGGCUUGUGCCCAUUGACUUUGACAAACUUGACUUUCCCCCUCCUGAUUUUGAUGUCCCUGUUCCCGAUUACCUAUUGAACAAAGAACAGAUUAAAAACAUCUACGAAAGCAGUCUUUCCAUAGGCAACUUUGCUUCUCGGCUGCUUGUUCUCUUGUUUCCUGAGCUGUUUACUCAUGAAAACUUACGGAAGCAAUACAACUGUAGUGGGUCUUUGGGGAAGAAGCAGCUUGAUCCCACUAGAAUUAAAUUAAUUCGGCAUUACGUGCAGAUACUGUACCCAAGGGCAAAGAAUGACAGAGUGUGGAUGCUGGAGUUUGUUGGGAAGCUCGAUGAGAGGUGUCGGCGAAGGGACACAGAGCAACGGCGCUCGUACCAGCAGCAGCGGAAGGUCCACAUGCCAGGGCCCGAGAGGAGGGAGUUCCUCAGCUAUGCAAUAAACCCCGAAAGGUUUCGAGAGGAGUUUGAAGGGCCGCCACUGCCCCCCGAAAGGAGCAGCAAGGAUUUUUGCAAGAUACCACUUGAUGAACUCGUUAUUCCUAACCCAGACUUCCCUGUGCCUUCUCCGUAUUUGCUGACUGAUAAGGAGGUAAGAGAGAUCGUACAGCAGAGCCUUUCUGUUGGAAACUUCGCCGCCAGGCUUCUCGUAAGACUCUUCCCAGAACUCUUUACUCCCGAAAAUCUCAGACUGCAAUACAACCAUUCAGGUGCUUGUAACAAAAAACAGCUGGACCCUAUCAGACUGAGGCUGAUCCGCCAUUACGUGGAAGCAGUUUACCCCGUGGAGAAAAUGGAAGAAGUAUGGCAUUAUGAAUGUAUACCGAGCAUUGAUGAAAGAUGCCGGCGUCCUAACAGAAAAAAGUGUGACAUACUGAAAAAAGCAAAGAAAGCAAAGAAGUGAGGGGCUCUUUGAAUUCCGAAGACUUUGACCACUAAAUUAUUGUCAGGAUUAUGCUUUGUUUUAGGCUGAAGGGCCCGUCAGGCUGGGGCUGCUCAGCAUCUGGGAGAACUAGGCACUAAGUUUGUUGCAUUUUAACGUGUGUGUUGCAUCUAUGUGGGUACUGCAGCAGUGGGAAGUGGCUUACUAGGUUUGUACAUGGGAAAAGAUCCUACGUCGUUGGUGACAGAGCUCAUAAUGACUCAUUAAGAGCAUGGCUUUCACUGGUGCAAGUACAUGUAUUGAAACUCUACUAUGCCAUUCCCCAUUUCUGCUUCCCCCUUUUUUAACACUUUUUAAUAAUAAAGUUGGUUUUUUUUAAAUGUGGUGUUUGUCAGGGGCAGUAUUUCAUUUCACCCUUAUACACAAUUAUGUUGGUUCAUUUGGAGUUUGAAAUUUAAACUUCAUCGAAAUCUACAAAACUAAUGCUUUUUGAAAGUGCCAUAUUCAUUGAAAUCACUGGAAUGUCUGACUUUGCUUCUAAGUAAAUCACAGCUUUAAUGUGUUUUGUUCUUAUUGAUACUGAGAUACUGAAAAUAGUAAUGCCACGUCCAAGAAUGGGUCAGAGCGGUGUGAUUUCCGUUUUUGACUGUUACUCAUGUUGUGUUUCUAAAAAUUCUAAGAAUUGAAGUAUUGAAGAGUUGAGACGUGAGCAUAGACACAGUGUGAAUGUUUCUUUACGUUGGCACGCCAAGCUUGAUCAUGCCCCUGUGAGUUUUCUUUUUUGCUCAGUGUCGCGGUUGGCGUGACUGAAGGUAGCUUGUGAGAGCAGAGCCAGCAGCACAGACCCAAGCCAGCACCUGUGGAAUGUAUUGCCAUUGCCUGCCUGCCUGCUUGCCUCUCUGUAAAACAAGAGUAACUAGAUAAGCAACAAGGACUUUAAAAACUUUUAGAUCUUACUGUAUCAAAAUGAUGAUUCCAAAGGUUUCCACUAUUAAGAUCAAAUUGCAUAAAUAAAAGGUACCCGCAAAGAUUAGUUUUGGGAUGGAAGGAAGUGCUACAGGGUCCCCGUGAAUGAGCUGUUUGCAUCAUUCUUUGCAUCAGCGUAGCACCGUCUGGAUUUUUCAGAUGUAGGGAUAUUGAGCUCGCUCACUUAGCCAAACUGAUUUAGUGUAAUUAGUAGCUAUUUGGAGACAUAAUUGUGUAUGUAUAACUUAGAUUUAUACGGGCAAGUUUGCAUCAAUAAUAUGUUCAUAUUUAACACAAGCCACCCAGAACCCACUGUGACUCUACUAUAUGAUUUAUCACUGGAGAGCACAGCUUUAAAACAGCUUUCUUCUUUUUUAAUGGCGAUGUAAAUGAUGAGAGAGUGUCAGGUAUGUAUUUUUGAGUCAGUAGAGUCAGCGACUGCGUACUGACCGUCACUGGAACGCCUCGGAGCAGUUGUUAAUGUUCUCUGUGGUCCUUUUUAAUGGUUCCCAAGUGGGUCAUAGUAUCGAAUUUGAAGUCUGUUCCAGUGUGAUUUUCUAUUUUAGCAUUUGUAAGAAAAUACAAAAUACUUGAUAUUUUUACUUCAGAUUUUUAGAAUUUAUUGCUCCUAGAGUCAUAUUGAUCUCUCCCUUUAAAAAGCAAAAUAACAUUUUUUUCCUAAUGGUGGGUACUAGCAAAAGGAUAGUGUGUUAAACCAGGAGUAAAUCAUAACAGAUUAGCAUUUGCUCAUUUUCCCCACGUGCUAGCAACAUUCUCAAAGAAUGUAUGAAGAAAGUCAUGAAUGUAUUAAACAAUACACUGAUACUGUUUGUAUCCAUCUAAAUGUUUCCCGCUGGUUGAAAUAAUAGCAGACCACGCACAGGAUGGAUAUUGGAGCUAAUAUGGCUAAAAUAAAAAGAAAACGUUUUACCAAAGACGAAGAACUGAUACCACAAUGUCUGCAUCUUAUCUUUCAUUUCAGUGCAUAAAUUUAGCAAAUUGAAUGUGCCAGAAACUGAGACCUUCUAAUGUAACUGUAUGCUACCGAGCACCUCUGUGAAGUCUUUUACGUGCAUUUGUAUGGGAGAUGUAAAAUCACAGAAAAUAUCAACAACCUGUUGUGAAUGCCCCACCAGAUGGCAAGAAAUGCAAAGUGUGGCUUUCCCUUAUAAUUAUUUUUUCUUAUCUUGAUGUCAUAUGUGUUUUACCACUCAGUGAUGUUGAAGCUCCCAAAGAAGUCGAUAACGUUGAACUGUUGUACCACUGGCAGGUGUUACUAGCUAGCAUGUGAAUUCAAGACGUACUGGGUUUUACUGUAGAUGUUGUCAUUUUGCAAUAUCUCCUGACACGUCAAAAAUCAGCCCGUUUAUCUUACAUACUGAUGAGUGAAAAAGCCAUUUUCAGCUUUUAAAAUGGCAUUUUCAAAAGUGGGUACAGAAAGAUCCUCGCUGUUUUUUCUCUUAACUUAUGUCUAAUGGCUGUGUACAUUCCUUUGUCUCACUGUUCCCAAUCUUCCAUGAUUUGACUGUAUGCUUUGUGAAGAAAAUAGAGACAUACAAAUAGUGACAUGGGGUCACUAAAAAAAAAAGCUCCUGCAGUGCAUCUGAAGUACAGCCACUUCAUCCAGUCGGUCUGUCCUGUAAAUAAAUUAAAGGUAUAUUAUUUUUAUACAAGAGGAAUGUUGUCUGGUGAUUUCCUGAGUACAGUGACACGAACAGAUUCAUGUUCUUUUUCCUAUAGAGGCUGUAACUAAGAUCCUGCGUAAUCUUAGCAAGUCAGACUGUAGACAUAAACGAAAACUCCCUGCUUUGCUGCAGCCAUUUUUUCUGCCUUUCAGAUGGCUUUUGUGUAGAGGAGCAAACUUGCCCCCUUCAAAAUAGCAGGAAGAUUGCUAGGUGUGAAGAUGUCUGCAAUGUACAUACACUGACUUCCUAUAGACCGGCGUUGCCUUCUGCCUAUCAGGUCAGUACACCCUGCUGAGGCAAGUAUCGUGUCCCUGUCAACAUACAGCUUGAAUGUCUCGCCUCUAACAGCCUGAAAGGAACAUUAAUACACCUCAGCUCUAUAUUGUUCUGCCUUUCCUAGCCUGCACAAAUUAAAACCUUUUCUUAGAAGCUCUGUAGAGGAUGUAAAACGAAACAUCAAAAGGGAGAUCAAGCAUGUUUGUUUUCUGCCUAUUAAGUGCAUUCAGCUGGCUUAGGUAACAGGGUUUGAAAUGAGAAGGAUCCUGACUUACGAAGACAACCACUUUGUUAUACAUUACAGCCACCAAAUGUUUCAUGUUCUAGAAAAUGUUUGCACCUCUUUUUCCUGCCCUCAGAUAUAUAUAGUACAUUUAUACAUUUUUGAGUGUCAUUCAUCUCUGUGAAUUGUUAUUUAUGUAUAGCAGUGGGAAACAGAACUGCAUCCUCAACGCUCUACAAAGGCACACUAAUUUUAUGCUGGAAGGAGCAUUAUUAAUUCUACAGCCCCAGGAGACAGAGAAUAAAGUGUAGGCUCUGUUGGUUAUUUAGCUUUUGUUUCAGCAAUUAAAGGGUUGUGAAACAGCUGGAAAAUGCAAUGUCUGGAGCUUGCCUGUGCUGAGGUAAUGGCAUGGGCUGACAGGUGUUCUCACUUACAGUGCACAGUUCAGUUGAUUGCAUUUGAAAUCCGUGGUAAGGCAAUGGGGCAGGUUCACAUUUAUGGCCUUCCAGAGUAAAUCUAAUUCUGCCAAUGUCACUGCUAAAGCUUCUUCAUCUCUGACGUCGUGGGUUUUUCUUGUGAUUGUUCUGGCCAUUCAGUUGGCACCAAUGCAGGUAUGUUUGCAAGGUUUUUUACCUUGCUAAUAUUCUGGGAAAGAGGAAUGCACUUGGAGUUGUUUAAAUGAGUUGCUGAAAUGACAUGCUUUAGUGCCCUCUUUUAGGGUUGUCCUUGGUAAGGCUGAGAAAAAGAAAUAAGUCCCCAUCCACAAGUCUUUGUUCUUCCUAUCUAAUUUCUUGUCCCAGCAGAAAUCAUGACAAAUACCUAAUGUUUGCAGUGUUACCUCACCGUUACCCUCCCUGUUACAGAAAUUGUUCAUGUUAACUUCCCACCAGUAGGGAUGGUCUUAAUUUCUUAUGGGCUACACGAUGCUCGUGGUCAUCUCUGUGUAAGCACUGCUCUGAGAGGUGGUCUCCUGCAGCAGAAUGCUGGAAGCAAACUCCAAAUCAGCAUCCCCUCAGAUCUGGAAUACUUUCCUUGAGCUUGUCUGAUGAGCAGGGCAUUACCCCCAUGCUGUAUCAUUUCCAUCCAGCAUAUCCCUUUUUGUCAUUUUUCUGAAUGGUGUCUGCUGGUUAUUGAUCGCACCAGGAGAAGCCUGUGGUGUGGGCAGGCUGCUGCUUGCUCUCCUUCCUGAUUCACUCCAUGAUGAGGCUGCAGUCCCCUCUGAGCGUUUUUCUUUUCAUUAAUGGCAAGCUGAAAGGCCCUCGGUUCUUAUGGAAAGAGCUGUAACAGAGAUUAAAUGAAGGUGCUCUGGAGAAUGCUUCCCUGCCCCAAUCUUCCCCCUCACAAGAUAAAUGUGACUAAUUAAAAAAAAAAAAACAACACAAUUUUCAGUUUAAAAAAAAAAAAAGUAAA